GUGAUUUGAAUUUGGCUCGGCGGCGCUCUGCGCCUGCGCUCAGCCUCUGGCAUGCUGGCUCCUUCCAAGCAGCUGUUUUGGGUUUGAAAUUCCAACAUGGCAGAGGCUGCAGUCCGUCUUCCCUUCAAAAACUUGGAAUGAUUUCAAAUCAUAGGCACCUUCACUUAACCCUAGCUUCCAUUCAUCAGCAAACACAUCGGAUCGAUGCUACGCUAACCUAUCGGGAGCUCGCUCCGCGCGUCCAGGUUAAAUGAAUACCUGACGAAAGGGCCCACGUUUCAAGGCAGUGACAUUUGAUAGCUGAGAGGAAAAGUGGCUUUAAUGAAAAGCAACCUUUGGAAUUCCUGCUUGUGAGAAAAUCCAAUUCAGCUUUUUGUGCUACCAGCAAGAAAUGAUCAGUAGCACCAGUGUUUAUGGCUUGAAGAUGCAGUGGACGCCGGAGCAUGCCCAGUGGCCAGAACAGCACUUUGACAUCACCUCAACCACUCGGUCACCUGCCCACAAAGUUGAAGCCUACAGAGGUCAUUUGCAGCGCACCUACCAGUACGCCUGGGCAAAUGAUGACAUAUCUGCUCUGACUGCAUCCAACCUUCUGAAGAAAUAUGCAGAGAAGUAUUCUGGCAUUUUGGAAGGUCCCGUGGACCGACCUGUUCUCAGCAAUUAUUCAGACACACCAUCAGGACUCAUGAACGGUCGGAAAAACGAGAGCGAACCCUGGCAGCCUUCCUUGAAUUCAGAAGCCGUUUAUCCUAUGAACUGUGUUCCAGACGUCAUCACUGCUAGCAAAGCUGGUGUCAGUUCAGCCCUCCCUCCGGUAGAUGUCUCUGCAAGUAUAGGGAGCUCCCCUGGGGUGGCCAGUAACCUGACAGAACCAAGUUACUCAAGUAGUACCUGUGGAAGCCACACAGUACCCAGUCUUCAUGCAGGGCUCCCAUCUCAGGAAUAUGCUCCAGGAUACAACGGAUCGUAUUUGCAUUCUUCGUACAGUAGCCAGCCCACACCUGCACUUCCUUCGCCUCAUCCAUCGCCACUGCAUAGCUCCGGGCUCCUGCAGCCACCGCCCCCUCCUCCUCCCCCACCAGCCCUGGUCCCAGGCUACAAUGGGACUUCCAAUCUCUCCAGCUACAGUUAUCCCUCCGCUAGCUAUCCUCCUCAGACUGCCGUGGGGUCUGGGUACAGCCCUGGUGGAGCACCCCCACCUCCUUCUGCAUACCUGCCUUCAGGAAUUCCUGCUCCCACUCCUCUGCCCCCAACUACCGUUCCUGGCUACACCUACCAGGGUCAUGGUUUGACGCCCAUCGCGCCCUCUACUCUGGCCAACAGCUCGGCAAGUUCUCUCAAAAGGAAAGCUUUCUAUAUGGCAGGGCAAGGAGACAUGGACUCCAGUUACGGAAAUUACAGCUAUGGCCAACAGAGAUCGACACAGAGUCCUAUGUACCGAAUGCCCGACAACAGCAUUUCAAACGCGAAUCGGGGGAAUGGCUUUGACAGAAAUGCUGAAACAUCAUCCUUAGCAUUUAAGCCAACAAAGCAGCUGAUGUCCUCUGAACAGCAAAGGAAAUUCAGCAGUCAGUCCAGUAGGGCUCUGACCCCUCCUUCCUACAGUACUGCUAAAAAUUCACUGGGAUCAAGAUCCAGUGAAUCCUUUGGGAAGUACACGUCGCCAGUCAUGAGUGAGCACGGGGAAGACCCUAGGCAGCUCCUGGCUCAUCCAAUGCAAGGUCCGGGACUCCGUGCAGCUACCUCAUCGAACCACUCUGUGGACGAGCAACUGAAGAACACUGACACGCACCUCAUUGACCUAGUCACCAACGAGAUCAUCACCCAAGGACCUCCCGUGGACUGGAGUGACAUUGCUGGUCUUGACCUGGUGAAGGCUGUCAUUAAGGAGGAGGUUUUGUGGCCAGUGUUGAGGUCCGAUGCAUUCAGCGGGCUGACGGCCUUGCCUAGGAGCGUCCUUCUCUUUGGACCUCGGGGAACUGGCAAAACACUCUUGGGCAGAUGCAUAGCUAGUCAGCUGGGGGCCACUUUUUUCAAAAUUGCUGGUUCCGGACUAGUUGCGAAGUGGUUAGGCGAAGCGGAGAAAAUUAUUCAUGCCUCUUUUCUUGUGGCUAGGUGUCGCCAGCCUUCGGUGAUUUUUGUUAGUGACAUUGACAUGCUUCUCUCCUCUCAAGUGAGCGAGGAACACAGUCCAGUCAGUCGGAUGAGAACCGAGUUUCUGAUGCAGCUGGACACUGUACUAACUUCGGCUGAGGACCAAAUCGUAGUAAUUUGUGCCACCAGUAAACCCGAAGAAAUAGAUGAAUCUCUUCGCAGGUACUUCAUGAAAAGACUUUUAAUCCCACUUCCUGACAGCACAGGGAGGCACCAGAUAAUAGUACAACUGCUCUCACAGCACAAUUACUGUCUCAAUGACAAGGAGUUUGCACUGCUCGUCCAGCGUACGGAAGGCUUUUCUGGACUCGAUGUGGCUCAUUUGUGUCAGGAAGCAGCAGUGGGCCCACUCCACGCUAUUCCAGCCACAGACCUUUCGGCUAUUAUGCCCAGCCAGUUGAGGCCCGUUACGUAUCAAGACUUUGAAAAUGCUUUCUGCAAGAUUCAGCCCAGCAUAACUCAGAAAGAGCUUGAUAUGUAUGUUGAAUGGAACAAAAUGUUUGGUUGCAGUCAGUGAUUCAGUCUUUAAAAGUUAACAACAACAA